AUGGGUGAAGAUCAGAAUGCACAAGCAAACGCUGAUGAGCAAAACCCAGUUAAAUUCACUCAAAAAGUUGUUGAACAGGGACAUGUUCCUUCACAAUACAUAUUUAGCCAGUCCGUACACAAUGGUUCAAUCUUGGAAAUACCAAACAACUUUGGGGACAUUAUGACCACGAAGGACACCAUCCUUCAUCUUCCGGAAGGAUUCUCGGGCCUCGAAAGAAUCUGCUUGGCUGCCAACGGGAAUUUACAAAGAAUUCUUAGUGCAUGGUUUAAUGGCGCAGUUACGGUACAGAUAGUUCGCAACAUUCCGACGUCGACAGAUUUGUCUAAUAUAGGGACUAACCGAAACGGAACUAUUCUGCGCAGAUAUAAUAGAGAGGUAAAUCUGUGCUGCAAGGGGAAAGUACUAUGCAACGCAACCAGUGAUGUUGUGAUAAGUGACAACAAAGUGGUUGAUCUGAUUGAAAACGAGGGCGUCGGUAUUGGCCAAUUAUUCCGUUAUCUCGGUAAAUUACCCACCUUUGACUUGCAUUUCGUCGGGCGAACCUCUUUAACAUGGUGGAGAUUGUACACGUUACGUAUAGCUGGUGUUUCUUGUCGUAUAAAAGAGGUAUUCCCUAACGGAAUGUUUACAUCUGGAUGGAUUGAUUCCUCUCAAACUGGACUUACUCGUGCGGACAUUGAGACAGUAGAAAAUGAAACCAUCUGGCCGUCUUCGUCGAUUGAAAUUUUUUGA